AAUGUCAGAUACUCGCCCUGCGUCUAUUCCUGACCUCUCAGCUCAUGCUCAACAGAUCAUGCAGCAAUUCUUCAAAUACCAUCACUUGGUAAACUGUGCCUCUUGUGCUGAACUUGGCACACUUGGCUACAUUGCUAAUAACGUAUCGACACCUGCACUCCCUGUGUUUCAAUGCGCAAAGUGCAAAAAUCAUACCUCUUUUUCAGCUGUUGAAAAGGAGAUUCAACAAGCCAUUGAUGCCUCUACACGUGGUGCCACAGCAUCAAUCAGCAAAAUCAACACCGCCUCUCACCAGGCCAAAAAGCGAAGCAGAGUCGCAAGUGAUGCCAGCAAUGGCUCACAAAAAGGUACACCUAUUGCCACUCCAGUAAAGAGUGGUCAACUCAUCAACAGAAACAGCAACAACAACAACAACAACAACAGCAACAACACCAUUCACGGUGCAAUUAACGACAAGGAAAUUGCACUUUUAAAAGAUAUGCUCUUGUCUCUUCAGGACAAAUUGUCUGAAUUUGAAAGAGAAAACAAGAUAAUCAAGAACCAAUUGCAGCUUUAUGCAACAAAGAAUGCUGAACUUGAACGUCAAUUGUUGAGACAACAAAAACAACAGACAAUCAUCGAAUUGCAACAACAACAACACCAACAACAAAUUGACCAAGACGAUCAUGUCAUGGUUGAUGAUGAUGUCGAAUUUCCUGCUCUCUCUGGUGCUACUCAGUCCAAGUACGCUCAUCCAUUCGAUGUCAAGAAGCGUCUUGCUGAGCGCUCGGUAACACCCUUAAACUACAAAAAAAUACUCAUAAAAAAACAAAAAAACACACAAAAACCUACUAACAAAAAAAUUAUCUCUACUGCUAUCAGAGCUUUCACACCACCCACGACUGAACAACAAGGCUUUAGCUAUGUCUACUAUCCUUCAAAAGCCAGAAUUAGUCGCAAAACUCAGCGCAACAACCUCAAAGCUUUGGGUGUAACCAACGGACGUGUAUUGGAUAUCCACUAUCCUGCACGUAACGUAGUUGCACUCUUAGUGCACAACGAUUACCGUCAACAACUGAUUGACACUCUCAAAAAAUCAAAAGUCGAAGCACUGGAAUCAUAUUCGCCAUUGGAUCCCAACAAUUUAGUUGAUCCAAUCUAUAACAACAAAUCCAUUGCCGAAAAAACAAAAAUUGCUGCUGAAAAGCACAACCAACGUCUUGUCCGUGCUCUGCCCUUCAUUCGAGAGCAUAUCUCUAAAGCUGUGGCUUCGUUCUUUUUGAAAGAG